CGAGUUGAGUCGUGUCCCACAUCGUCUGAGACCGCCAAUCAGUGCGGGUAGGCUUGGGGUUUACAGACAGUCUAAACAACAGGUCCAGAAGAGUUCAGCGAGUUUGUAGCAUCGAAGUGUCCAGGACAUUUUGAUUUUAUUCAGUGGGUUGGUGGGGACACCACAAGGGUCUAGGCAAUUUGGUCGACUCCGGACGGACACCUUUUCCAAUGAGCGUAAAGCAUUUUUAUCUCCUCGUCCUCUUGUCCGGUCUGGCAGCUUCAGGCUUGUUACCGGUCAGUGGGCUGAGGGUGGAAACGUCGGGGGAGGUGGAGGCAGUGAACGGUACAGAUGUGUGGCUGAAAUGUACCUUCCAGAGCAGCUCGCCCAUCACCCCAGCAACGCUCACGGUCUCAUGGAGCUUCCGACCCAUCGGACCUGGCCGUGAGGAGUCAGUGUUCUAUUACCAUGGGAGACCUUACCCUCCCCCGGACGGGCGUUUCCAUAAGCGGGCGAUAUGGGCAGGUGACAUCAUGGGGCGGGACGCCUCCAUCGUGGUACGUAAGGUCAAGUUCACUUACAAUGGGACAUUCAGCUGUCAGGUGAAGAACCCUCCGGACGUCCAUGGCAACGCAGGGGAGGUGAAACUAACCGUGGUCACCACAGCCUCCUUCUCUGAGAUUAUCAUGCUGGCUGCAGCCAUCGGGGGCGCCAUCGUGCUGAUGGUCAUCUUCCUCGUCAUCAUCAUGUCAAUAAGACGAUGUCGCGAGAAAAGACAGGAUGGGGCGGAGGAACUACCUCGCAGACAGAGAAAGGACCCUACCGUGUGCCACCCUGCAAGGGCCAUCCACCUGUAUAUGGACGAUGACGUGCUAGAGGUUGACAGCUCGGACGGUAUGAUCUCUGAGGCCAGCACCAAGGACCCCAGUUCCUCUGAGGAAGACGACAAGAGCUCUGACUACGGCGGAGGCGAUGACUCUGACUGAGAUGGGGACAGUGAAUGUUGGCUUUAUUUUAGGCGUUACCUCUAUGUGCUUGUGGUAAAACUUAAUCCAUAGUUAUUUUUUUUAAACUAUUGAUCCUCCGUGGCUAAAUUAUGCCCUGUGGUGUAUUUUGAAAAUUGAGAGUGGGCUCCUGUGGUUGGAUAAAAUAUAUACAGUAUAUAUACACUACCGUUCAAAAGUUUGGGGUCACUUAGAAAUGUCCUUGUUUUUGAAAGAAAACCAUUUUUUUUGUUCAUUAAAAUAACAUCAAAUUGUUCAGAAAUACAAUGUAGACAUUGUUAAUGUUGUAAAGGUCUAUUGCAGCUGGAAACGGUAUAUUUUUUAUGGAAUAUCUACAUAGGCGUACAGAGGCCCAAGGUAACUUGUGUAAUAGACACCGGCUGGAAUGCGGUUUAACCAAUCAGCAUUCUGGAUUAGACCCACCCGUUGUAUAAAUAAAUAUAAUGCGGGGGUUUACAGUGACUGAAGCCCCUGUGCCCAAGCCUAUGGAGGGCCCAAGAGACAAAAACAUAUAUAGACAUUUCAUAUUUUUUAUCCAACUGCAAGUGCCCACUC